GACGUCAGCGGGCAAAGUUUAUAAGUAUAUGUUGCAGCGCGCGUUCCUUGUAUUUUAGUUGCGCCUGUUGCGAGAGUUUGUAGUUGUGUGUCAAUAGAAAGAACGCGUACGGUUCAAAUUUAGUGAGAAUUAACUUUAACCAUUUUUUUCAACAACACAAUGGCUAGUGAAGCUCAAAGGCUAAUUGGAAUUUCUUUAACAAAAAUCGCCCAGUCACGAUCUCAUCGCGGUGGUGUAAGUUUACACAAAAACUUGUUAGUGGCAACCGUUUUACAAAAAGCUCGGUAUAUUUUUAUGGAAGAGGCUUACAAUAUGGUACAUUACCAUGCCCCAUCUCCAACAAUCGUCCAACAACUGUCCAUUCAACAACGACCUGUGCAAGUAGAAGAAAAUUUAGUGGGUUUAACAGCGGAAGAAGCAGGUCUGGAUUCGGCUAGGCCUCUAAACGAUUUCCCAACGUCUUCAACAAACGACGAUGCCCAGGAACCCGAUUGCUUCGAAACGUCUUGUGUUAAGUGUACUGAAAAUCAGCAAGAUAAAGAAAACCACCCUCCAUUUAACAGUGAGCUGACUUACCUGGACUUGGACAAGACAUCGAACAUACUUAGGGAAAGAAGUAAUUCGUCUUCCAGCACUUCUUCAUUGAAGAGGCGAAGAGCUGUUGCAGAAUGGGAAACCGAAGAAGCGGUGCAAUCUAUUUUGCCGAAAAAAAUUCGACAGGAUGACGAAGUGAGUGAAGUGAGUGACUCGGAUAGCAGCAGUAGUAACGACGACUCGGUAUUUUUGGACGAUGCGGCCCUACUUUCUGAUAUCGUGAGCAAGGAAGUUGACGAGGCUGAAAGGUCUCAAGAAACGUCUUCUUCGAAUAAUUGUGGCAGCGGUUCAGCGAUGGAAAUAGAUCGCAUUACGUCACUAGUGUCUAUCUUCAGUUUUAGUAUGGGAGGUGAUGGAGCGGCAAAGUUAAACCGAUCGAUGUCUACACCUGACUUGUGUUCGGCCCAAGCGAAAGACUCUGCGGACAGUUUGCAACAGCGGCCCUUUCUGGCCAUGACCGUGUAAUUACGCCGUACUUAGCUAAAGGUUUUGGAUGUAUGUUGCUUGGGCAAUAUCAGGGCGCCGAACAACGAACAUAACGACAGUUCCGCGGCUGACUUCAUGUGAUACUGUGAUUAGUGGUGAAGCUGCGGGGCCCAACAUAGACGGCUAUAAGAAAAGCCGUCCAGAUCAUGUGAUAGUGAGAAAUGUUAACUAGGUCGUUGUGUAAUUUUGUACGUAAAUUAGCAUCUAUAAACGGCCGUGCUUCUGGGGUUGGUGAGAAAGAAGGGAACAGCUCAGUCAGGCAGAAUUUCCUAAUAUACAUUCCACGUCCGUCCCCAGGCAGGUAGACGCCGACCUCGCCGGUUGAAUGAAAUGCAUUGUUCGCUCCGAGAGGGGUGAGCCUGCUUAGGCCGAUGCGUUCACGGUCGCAGACUAAAGACGUUUGGAAAUUAACGGUGAUUGUUCCGUUUUAGGAAUAUGUGACUUUAUUCUUAUACAUAAAGAAUUGCAUAUUAUAUAUUUAAAAUAAAAAUUUUCAGUAUA